ACGAAGCACGUUCCACGAAAAUUGACACUUCGUCGAAAAACUCGUACUUGGCCCAUCACCCUGGUCCCUCUCGCAACGAUCCUCCGCAUUCCCCUUGUCCUACCACCAACUGCAAAGCAUGUCCCGAUAGCAAUGCUAGCGCUAUGGUCCCGGGUAACGCGGGCCCCGGGAACCUGUAGAUGCAUAUCAUGCGGCUCAACAAAUGCUGCUCUUGCUACGAGGGCUAGUACACGAGCAACAUCCCUCUUGGGCGCACCGACCUCAACUUUUAUCUAUACGAGCAUCUUCACCGUCGGGCUUGCCAUCGACGCAAAGACUAAGCAAAGAAGAAAUGAACAAUGGGAUACAGCUUUUGAACAGCUACAUGACGAGAUAGGGCGGUUGCCAGUGAACGAUAGAAAAUUACGUUCGACUGCCAAUUCAAUAGAAGCAAUGCUUUCUUCAGGAAUUGACAUGGACGUGGUACACCAAGUUGCUGGCAUGGAGCUAGUCGAAGGGGGUGAGGAAUUUCACGAUAUUCCGCAGCCUGAGGUUGACAUAAAUCAUAUUCUGGAGGGCGUCUGGGAUUACAUGCCUUUUGACACCAGGUUUCCUAGCGGUCCCAAUCAAAACUUACCUUGGCCAGCCAACACUGGGCAGGAAUUGAUAAGAUAUCACUUACCACCGCAAUCUUUAUGGUCGUUAGAUCACAUGCGAUGGACCGCUGUACGGAAGAGGCAGAUUUGGAAAAAAUUGGCGAUGCAGGAGCUCGCGAUUGGAGAACUUAUUCAUGCGCUACUCGCUCAGGCCAGUGAAUCCCGAUUAACAGAAAAAGCUUUUGCUUCCCUCUCACCGGUGAUACGCGACAUAGUAUUGCUCGACCCCAGAGAGAAUGUAGGUGCGCGGCACCACAUUCGCGAAAAUAUGGAUCGAUUAGCGAUUAUUGAGAGAACAGCAUCGCCCGAAGAGAUAGGAGACAUCAAGGCAAAGAUCAAAGGCCCAGGAAUACCUUCCUAUCACCAAGACAGAGAUGGCGACUUUUAUGAAAUUACAAUGCAGAUGAAUGCAGCUAUUCGGAAGCUGUUUGACGAAAUCCCCCGCGGCAAUGACAAGUACUACGAAAAUCAAUUGUCUUUGAUGUUGGCUAGAGUUUGCCACAAUCUUCUGAUCUCUUCCGCCGCGCCCGACCUCCAAACCUUCAACAUCCUUCUCACUGGCUUUAAAAGGAAUCGGCUGCCCGAAUUGGUGUCUCAUGUGAUCAAAACGUUUGACAGAUGCAAGAUCCGACCAAAUGAAAUCUCUUGUGCUGUGAUCCUUGAUCACUACGCUGAGACGGAUAACCCCGAUGCUUUCAGCAAAUAUGUUGCUCGUAUGCGAGGGGGUUACAACGCGCUCAUGUUGGCCAGGCCAGAUAUCAACAUCAACGAGAGGGGGCAAAACCGCUUGAUCCGUGUCAACGAGGAUAAAGUGUACCAAAAAAUACACCCUACACCGCUUGUUUUCAACUCGCUCAUGCUUGGCGUCCUCAGGUUUGCCGGAUUUGAUCGAGCUGUUGAUAUCUAUUUCGAAAUGAAGGAGGAUGGCUGGGGCCUAGAUACACUAGGUCUUAGUCACUUCUUGAGUGACUGCGUCAAGCGAGCAGAUUGGAACGGUGGGGUUCUGAUCUGGGAAGAGAUUAGCAGUAUCAAGCAGAAGAUCAAAGAAUCACAUAUGAUCAAAGCGUAUGCAGAUAUGAUAAGUUUAUGCUCUGUCACUGGGAAUACGGUGGCUUUCAAUCAUCUUCUCAAUGAGGUGGUAAGGAGAGGGUACGAUCGCAAGAGGAUUAUGAAAUCAGUCAUGGCAGCGGAACGUCGUUACGAAAAUGGAUCGAAAGUCUCUUCAGCGCCGGCCUGGGCAGCAGACAACCUCCUGAUAGUCAUGUCAGAUUUCAUGCAGCCCGACAAGCAAGACAUAGAAGAUGUCGAUUCUUUCCCCGAAGAUGCUCAGCAAAGCGAGCAGUAUCCUGAAGAAAAUGGAGCUGCGGAUGCUGCAGUAAAUCAAUCUACCGGCGUCGAACAACCGCUACCACCUGCACUCAGCCCAGAAGAAACGUGGAAUAUAUGGUUGCAGCACGAGUUAGGAGAAACUCCUCUAGAUGACUCCACACCCACCCGCAACGAUGACCUUCCCUCUUUCAACUUCGACAAGGAGAAAAAACACUAG